UGACCCCCGGUGUGGUCAUGUGAUUUGUUGCUGCAUUAAAGUGGUACGCAGCGGAAUCGUCCGCAAGCUCGCGUUUCAACAAUGGGUCGGGUAGAAGCAGCGUCCAGUUUCUUGCUUUUGCUCGCCAUUAUCGUGAGCAAAGGGAUCCCUGGUACCCUAGCAGGUAAAGAAGCCUGGGGCUAUGUGGACGUGAGAGACGGGGCCCACAUGUUCUGGUGGCUGUACUAUGCUGACAGCCAGUCUGCACAGCAUAAGGACCUACCACUGGUCAUGUGGCUGCAGGGUGGACCAGGAGGAUCAGGAAGUGGCUUUGGAAACUUUGAAGAGAUUGGACCUUUGACCAGGGACCUAGAGCCCAGGAAGACUAGCUGGGUCCAGGCAGCCAGUGUGUUAUUUGUCGACAACCCUGUGGGUACUGGCUUUAGCUACACUGACAUGCCAGAUGUCUAUGCUACCAAUGUGGCCACAGUGGCCUCAGACAUGCUGGUGCUCCUCAAACACUUCUUCACAGACAAGGCCGAGUUUCAGAGCAUCCCCUUCUACAUCUUCUCUGAGUCAUAUGGAGGCAAGAUGGCAGCUGCUAUCUCCCUGGAACUCACCAAGGCCAUAGCACAAGGGACAGUGAAAUGCAACUUUGCUGGUGUGGCACUUGGGGACUCUUGGAUUUCCCCACUGGACUCUGUCAUGACCUGGGGACCGUACCUCUACACUACUUCGCUGCUGGAUGAUGCCGGCCUGGCAGACGUGAACAGCGCAGCGGAGGCGGUGAAGAAAGCUAUGGAGCAGCAACAGUUUGCAGAGGCCACAGAGCUGUGGUCUGUCACUGAGACGGUGGUGGAGCAGAACACCAAUGGAGUCAACUUCUACAACAUCCUCACCCAGGAUUCAGACGACAAACUCACCUCCUCAGCAGGAGAAGACUACAUCUCUUUGCAGACACGUCGCCAUAUUCGACCACUUCACAGUCAGUCACUGAGUGAGCUCAUGAAUGGACCAAUCAGGAAGAAACUGGGCAUUAUCCCCCAGAAUGUCACCUGGGGAGGCCAGGCAGAGGAGGUGUUCAGCUACAUGGCAGGAGACUUUAUGAGACCAGUGGUGGAUAUAGUCGACCAACUGCUGACUGCUGGAGUCAAUGUCACUGUCUACAAUGGCCAGCUAGAUCUCAUAGUGGACACUAUGGGUCAAGAGCUGUGGGUGAAGCGGCUGAAGUGGGAGGGGCUAUCUGCAUUCAACAAGCUGAAGUGGACCGCCCUAAAUGACCCCACCUCCCGGGGCAUGACUGGAGCUUUCUAUAAGAUUUACAAGAACUUCGCCUUCUACUGGAUCCUCAAAGCUGGUCACAUGAUUCCCUCAGACCAGGGGCCAAUGGCCUUGCAGAUGAUGAAGAUGAUCACCCAGCAGGAAUAACCCGCCCGCCCUGAUGCCAGCUGGAAUGGCUGCGACAAUCACAAUCACCACAACCUUUUCAUAUUUCAUUUCCUCCUGAACCAAAUCAAGAGUCUGUUUUCUUUGAUCACAGCAAUGGCAUGUGUACAAUUCAACCAGAGCAACAAUAAGACAUUUAUCUUUUUUUUUUUUUUUUUUUUUUGAAAAGCUGUUCUGGUUUCUUCUCUGGCGCACUAUCAAGUUGUUAAAAGAGGCUUGUCAUUAUUCUUAUUACAUAACGCGUGCUGCAGGUAAGUGUGCCUUCUCCAAAGUUUUGUUUUUCUUUUAGUCUAAACGGUGUGUGCUCAUAGUCUGGUUAGAAUUCAUCCUGGCUGUAAGUAAUAAGCACUGCCAGUCCAUUUUGUAAAUGUCAGGACAUUUUACUGUGUAAGUGGUACUACAUGACAAGUCAGCAAAUCACCAAAGUGAAUAGGAUUCAUCCUCUGGAGACCUCAAAUAUCAAUACUGUCAGACAUUUUAUUCAACAUUAAAGAUGUCAGCCUCACGUUCGCACUAGAGGUCCUUAGGAGUCAUCUUCAACUGACAAUAUACUUGUUUUUUUUUUUUGUUUGUUUUUUUUAAGUCAGGAGCAAACGUGAUGGUCCAUCUGACCAAUCCAGAACUUACACGGUCUGAUGGACACAGAACUGACGACGCAAAAAGCUUACUUACAGACUUAUUACGAUUCUUUGCACCUUUUACACUUUUAUUUGUUAACUGAUCAACAGAGAUAUUGUUUACUAUGAAAGGUCAAACAAAUGUAGACAAACUGAUCAAAUAAAAAAAUUUAUUAAGCGUU